AGAGACGCUUUUACGCAUUGUACAGUUCAAUGUGUAGGUUUGAGUCUGAGGAAGACAGGGUAGCCAAGAAGAGGCACUAUUAGGGCAGUCUAUUGUGAUUAUCUAUCUUCAGUUAUCACUCAGUUACAUAUUUGGAACACACAGUUCAACUCAUAGGCUACAGUACUUGGCUCCAUUGAUCAAUAAAGACAAAGAACAUCUCAUUAUUUAUAUUUCGUCUUCUGGAAAACGGCAGAAGAGUAUCGGAGUUGUGUGGGUCAGUUUCAAAUAGCCUACAUUUAGACAAGCGGAUACCAGCUACUCUUUGAUACUUCGACCCAAAUAACGUGCCAAAUAAAGCGCAGCCCAGCGAAUGGACCAUCAUCAACCCGGCACACGUAGCUUCAUUCCCCGCGCGGCUCCAGUCUGCGCGUCGGUACCUACUGAAUCAUUCAUGCGCUUGUCCAUCAGCUCGACCACAGGCAGCCGCUUCGAGCUCUCUGUCCAUCGGGGAGAGACGGUGGAGGUGCUGAGGAGACGACUUUCCCAAAAGCUCAGAGUACCGAAAGAAAGAUUCGUCUUGCUGCAUAAGGAAAGGCGGUUGAGUACAGGGAAACUACAUGACCUGGGCAUAGUUGAUGGGAGUAAGCUGACACUGGUCCCAACUAUUGAGGCAGGCUUGUUAUCAUCCCAACCAUCCAGAAGAGAGCAGACCAUCAUGCAGGCUUUGGAGAGUUUAACUGAAACUCAGGUCAGUGACUUCCUGUCUGGCCGUUCACCCCUGACCCUUGCCCUCAGGGUCGGUGAGCACAUGAUGUUCGUCCAGCUCCAACUGGCCCCCAGAGUGCCGCUGGGCAGCAGCAGAGUCACCUCAUCACCCAGCGAGCAGGCAGAGCUGGGGUUGAACAGUGCCCCCCCCUGCUCCACCAACCCCACCUGCUCCAGCCCUGCACCCCAGAGCCCAACCCCUGCCACCACCUACCCAGAGGGUGACUGCAGUGUGGCUGGUACUCCCACCUCUAAUAAAACAGCUGCCGGGGAACCAGGUGCUGUCAUAGAGAGCUUUGUGAGCCAUGCCCCAGGAGUCUUCUCCGGGACCUUCUCAGGCACUCUGCCCCCAGCUGGGCAGGACAGCACCAGUACCGGUGUCGAGUCAUCCAGACGAGGCAUCAACACCAUCUUCCAGAUCCUCAACGACCUUCUCAGUGCCACUCGCCACUACCAAGGGGCUCCACUGUCCCUCUCCCAGCUCCUCUGCCGCCCUCCCAGCACCCCAACCAGCAGCACUCCGAGUACCCCAACCUCGCCCUUCCCGCCGCCCUCACCUCUCACCCCUGACCUUGUCAGCACUGCUACCUCAGGACCACUUACAGACCACAUCAGCCAGGAACAAAGUCACUCAUGUAAACCUGCUGCAGGCCUGUGUUCCAGUCAAUCUGAGGAAGAGAACCAGUCGUUGCGUUGUAAACUGGAGCGCCUUCAGAUGUUGAUGCACCAGAGACACCUGCGCAGGCGGGCUCGCAGGGACACACGCACCUCACACCCCUACCCUCACCACCGUCAACCCUGGUCGCCCGGACGAGACAAAGCCAGCCGCCAUAGCAACGGCAGCCUGUCCAGCAGCGAGAGCUCUUCCCUGGACGACCUGGAGUUGCAAUGGAAACCGGAGCUACCUUCCGACCUUGUGAUGGCAUAGAGCAUGAGAUUAAAAUAAGUUUGGACCUAUGUCAUUGGCUGUCCUUUGAAUGGCUGAGUAGGAGAAAUAAACUGCCCAUUUUGGGACUCGAUCACACUGCACAAGGACUCUUCAUAAAGACAACUGUCCCUUCUUGAAACUGGACAUUCAAACAGAACUUACGUAGUAUAUUGUAUGUAAAUAGUUUACUCCCUUGACUGAGCUUUCUGCGGAUCAUAUGACACUUCUUUACUGUCAGUCUCUUGCCAGAGUCUGUUGGAACCAGACUAACGUUUGAGGGUCUACCAGUCAAUGUACCUACCAUUUUAAACUCAUCUGACGCACAUCUUCAGUUGCUGUCGUUCACAUUGUCAAAACUAUGUAGCAUUGAGGUUGUCAAAUAGAUACGUUUCUGCACAUUUGUUCGGACAGCUUUAUUGCAAGGUUUUGCAGUCGCUCAAGAGUGAAGUGAUCUUUGUAUACAGUAUGUUCUGAUGCAUUAAGCAGGUAAAAUAUAAAAUUGAUAAUGUUCUGAUUUGACCCAUGUAGACUGUUUAAGUUUUAAGCAAUAAUUGAUUCUGUUCUGCAGACUUUCCUAGGAAAUACAAAUUCUGAAUUAAGCAAUUUGCCUCUUUUCCUUUAAUUAUACUCCUAACAUCCAUUUAACAAAAUACUCCAACCCUAGACCUCAACUCAAUGCCUGUAUUGAGUGCGUUCAGUUCAAUUAAACAUUUGCUACGUUG